AUGGAAGGAUUCUUGGGUGUAUCAUGUUCUGCGGUGCCUUGUGACUAUGAACCCUUUACAGCAUUUCUCUCCCUCCGUGAGAUGCCAAAGAAUCAUACGGCAGCAGCAAUCUUUGCGGAAUACGAGUCUACGAUUGAGGAUUGGGAAGUAAAUAAAAAGGAGAUUCGGUGUGUUACUGACAACGCCCGUAACAUGAUUGCUGCUUUAAGGGUUAAACUUCCAACAUUUGUGGACGAGACGGAAAAAGCUCAAGAGGAAGAGGAGUUAAUAGGAAUUGAAAUUGUGGAUUUAGAAUCGUUACUGAACGACAACACCGAGAAGUGUAAUGAGACUGGAUACAACGUAACGGCUGGUUAUCAUGCAAGAUGUUUGCCCCACCAUGUCAAAUUAGCCAUCAAAGACGGACUUUUAGUCCUUGAGGUCAGGAAGAUUGUUGGUGGUAUAAGGAGGAGUGUCGUUGACAUGAAGACGUUAAUGGAUUGUGUUGGUUUCAAAAUUCCAAUGUUAAACCAAACCCGCUGGAGUUCGCAGUAUGGGAUGAUAAAAGGAUCAUUGGAAGCCAUGGAUAAGGAUCCCAACAUACAAUCGAAACUUAACAGCUGCGCUGUUCAUGGUUCUCUUACAGCCAUACAAAUCAAGAGUUUGCGAGAACUCGUCAUUCUACUUGGACCAUUUAAAAUAGCAAUGGAUGCUUUUCAGAAAGAACCUGAAACGAUUGGACUAGUUAUUCCGUUCUACCUGGAUCUAGUUAACAAAUGUAGCCUGGAUCCUCAAUCCCUCAAGACUAGGUUGAAUUAUGUUCUGAAUGAUUCGCUCUAUUUAAUUGGAUCGAUAUUAGACCCUCGCAUCAAGAAAUCAUUCAUCGAAGCUGGUGGUCUCGACGAAAAAGCCGUUCUCAGAGCAGUGUCAGACAUCAUUUUGUCCCGUGAGAACGAAAUUGAGAGUUCUGCCAAUGAAAAACGUCAUAAUUCACAGGACCCUAAUGACUAUGAGACUUCAUCGGCUGCAAAAAGAAGUAAAUUUAAUCGCCCCAUUUUGUCCUCAGUUUUACCUAAACCACGAACUGAAUCUUAUCCUGCUUCAGAAAAAGUAUUAGAGGAAUUUUAA